AUGGCACAUUUAGGACAUUAGAGUGACGAUAUUAUUAGUGUCAAUGUCUCAGAUCCUGUUAUGAAGGAUGGCGGAAAAUAUAUAGUUUAUACUAUUAGUGGUAGUGAUAAGGACGGUCCCUUUGAAGUAUUUAGAAGAUACAGUGAUUUCGAUCACUUCAGAGCCUUAUUAGUUCAAAGAUGGCCAGGAUGCUUUAUCCCUCCUAUUCCUUCUAAGAAGGCUAUUGGUAACAAAGAAUCUAAGUUCUUGGAAGACAGAAAGAACUUCCUCCAAUAUUUUGUUGAAAAGAUCGCUGAAAUUCGUCAUAUAUGGUACUCUGAAGAAAAUAAAGAAUUUAUUCGUAACACAAGCAAUGAUUUUGAAAAGGUUUUGAAUAAUUUACCUAAGUAAACUACUGAUGAUAUCAUUAACAAGUAUAAAACUUGUUUCAGCAAUUUGGCUGGUGUUGAAAUUAACAAUGAAAUAAAUACCAAAAUUUCCAAAUUCAAGUAAUUCUUAGAAACUGCUGCUAAAAAGCUUGAUAAAAUGAAGGCUUUCUGCAGAACUCUUUCACAAUCAAGAGAAAAAUUCGAUGCUCAACUUGCUAUUAUGAACAACACAGUCAUUCCUGAAUAUGAAAAAUACUGCGUCCUUGAAUACGCUUUGCAAAACGAAAACUUAUUAGUCUACAAUAGAGAUGAAAAUUUGAAAGCUAACUUCAGAGAAAUUGAAGGAAUGAACAAGAAUAAUGACUUCGAACUGUUAGUUAAUAUGAUUAGAAUGGAACUCAAGGAAGUUGAAUCUUUCCUAGAAGCUCUUAGAAAUAAAGAUAUGAUCGAGGAAAAGAAACAAUAAGCUUAGGCCAAAUUAAAAUCAGAAUAAUAAGAAUAAACUAAAUUGUAAGCUGGUAAAACCACAUUCAAAUCCCUAUUUUCUAAAGGAACAAAGGAAGACAAAGUUUAAAAAUUAGAAAAAUCAAUCUACGAGACUUAACACGAAUUAGAAAAUUACAGUUUGUUGGCUGAUUUGAUAACUGUCAUCAUAGGUUAUGUUGAAGUUGAUAAAUUUAAAAACUAAAAGCAAAACAGAUAUUACAACAUCAUGCAAAGAGUUUCAAACUUAUAAUAUAACUUAAACAUGAAGGUUGCUACUUAUUGGAACUCUGUAAAGUAUGCUAACUAACAAGUUAAUGUAUGA